ACCCAGCCUAAGAGCACAUCCUUGGAUAUCUCCUCUGAAAGGUUGAACACUCAACAGCAAAAAUGGGAUGCUUUGGAUUCCUCAAAGUCAUGAUGUUUAUUUUUAAUGGCAUCAUCUUUCUGGCUGGUGCCGCCAUCCUGGGUGUUGGGAUCUGGGUAAAGGUGGACAGCGGCUCGAUCCUCAGCUUCCUCGGGAAGAUCGAAGACGCACCUGCAGAGCUCAAUCAGGUGCUGAAUGUGGGUUACCUGCUGAUUGCAAUAGGACUUCUCCUGCUCGUCAUCGGCUUUCUAGGCUGCUGUGGAGCUGUGAGAGAGAGCAGGUGUAUGCUGAUGCUGUUUUUUAUCAUAGUCUUGGUGGUCUUCAUAGCGGAGGUUGCAGGAGCUGUGGUGAUCUUAGUAUUCAGACCUUUGGCAGAUGAGUUGUUUAAGAAAUUUGGAACAGCAGCAGUUAAGAACAUCCAGAAGGACUAUGGGAAAAAUCCAGACAUCACAGGAUUGUGGAAUACUACAAUGACCACGCUAAAAUGUUGUGGAUUCUACAAUGCCACUGACUUUGUGGGCUCUCCAUAUUAUGAGGACCACAACAGCCAAUACCCACCACAGUGCUGUUCAACCAUGAAUAAUAACCCAUGUAAUCAAACGAUGAUCGACAGUGGCAUGGGAGUCACUGGUUGCUUCCCGAUGAUCAAGAGGCUAAUUGAUGACAACGCCAUAGUCAUUGUGGGAGUGGCACUGGGAAUUGCAGCACUGGAGAUAUGUGCCAUGGUUGUCUCCAUGACCCUUUACUGCAGAAUAAAAUCAAGGGGAGACUAACUGCAAAAUGUAUCGGCCUCAGAGGGAUCAUUUUAAUCACUGCAGCCUCUCUACUUCUUGUGUCCCCUCUAGAGGAGUAAAGGGCCAUCUAUGCCUAUAUCUUGCAAAAAUGCCUCAUCACUGAAGACAGUUAAUGUCAGAUUUUGUGCAAUCAGAAUGACUGAAUGAAGGACAUAACACAUCUAUUUUUUACUACACUUAAAUCUAAUAAAUGCUAUUUCUGAAUGUAUAUUGUCUAUUUCUCAAGAACACUACAGUUCACUUAAUGAACCAUGCUACAGACAUUGUAUAUUUCACCAAAGAUUAUUUUAAAUAUCAAGUAGUACUACUGCCAGUAGCACAUUGCCAGUCAUUGAGGAAUUACA